CCCACCUCAGGGUAUCAGUUGUCGGACAGUCGUUGAUGCUUAACCACAGCUGGGGUUAAGAAGACGGUGUUCGAAGAAGGACGUAAGUAUGGAGGGGCGGCAGGUGAUGUGCAGGUCUGCAGGGGAUCAGGGCAGUGGCCAGCACGCUGGGCAGAGCCCGUCGAGAACUUCAAGGCCGUCGGAGCGGCCUGGGUACGCGCACCUGCCACCGCGCUUGCAGCCUCUGUCGGACACGUCUGACGAGGAGGAGGAGGAGAGACGCUCACGGACCGUGCCGCUGGGUAGCGGGUCCACCCAGGAGUGGGUGGCUACAAAGCUCUGUGGAAGCCGCGGCGGCGGUUGUGCCCAGUCGUACACCGAACUCCCCCAGCAGGGGCUCAGUGGCGAUGAGGGCGAUGGCGGCGUCAAUCUGUCAUUCGGGCUGUGUAGCGGGAGGUCGUCGGCUGCGUCGCGAACGGUGAUCAUCAACAACCACGCCGAAGACGACGGUGGGCAGGUGACGACUUUUGCGCGGUCGUCGAAGUCUCCAACGCCGAUCCGGGAGGCGUCGGGGAACAACAGGGAUCCUCCGAGGCAGCAAUACAGGACGCCGUCUGUGUCGAGGGGUGCGUCAGCUCGCCCCCUGUGGAUGCAGUCUCCAUCUCCCCUGUCCGCCAAUUCCACUGCAGACCGCCGUCGAGCCGAAUGCCGGGAGACGGAUUGUGGCAUCGACGAUGUUGGUGAUGCACGGGACGGGAGGGAGCACAACGCGGGAGCUCCCACGGGCCUGUUCUUGGAAGCGUUUUUGCAGCUCUUGGAGACGAGCAGAGGCAGUCGAUCGAGGCCGUGUGUUGAAGGUGCUUUGCGUCUUUCUGGUGGUGGUGGGCACUGGAAGUUGGUACUUGGAGGCGAUCUAUCGAAGUACACAUGCUGCGCAGGCUACAUGCCAUGUAGCGGCAAAUGUGGAGAGAAGAAUUGCCCUGCCUUCUGCCUGGGAUUAGAGGUGUGCAUGUGUUUCUCCUCGUCGGUUGCGUCGACACGUUUUCUGCUUCAGGACGAAUACAAUAUCAAGAACACGAAGUGCGACAACUGCCUUAUCGGAUUCAUGUUCUGUCUCUCGCAACUGGCAUGCGUCUGUCGGAUUGUCGCAUUCCUCACGGACGUCGACGCGAUCGAUUCGGCGUCCGAUAUGCUGACACUGGCGUCGGAUGUCGUGUACUGCACUGUCUGCGCGUGCCUGCAAACACAGCACAAGGUUGAGCUGGAUCAACGGGCCGCCGGGCACCGAGGAACGAUGGUCCAGCCACCUCCCGAGCAGUCCAUGUACAGGUCGGAGGCCCCAACUUAUCCGAAUAACUCCGGCGCUGCAGUUGGGCAGCCUUACCCUAUGCAGGCUCCCGUCGUCGCGCAGCCUUAUUCUGCGUACCCACAGCCAGGUGGUCCCCAAGCAUAUCCGGGAGCUAUGGCCCCGGGUGGUCCUCAAGGGUAUCCGGGAGCCAUGGUGGCACCGGGGUAUGGAGUACCUGCGGCACCCAUGGCCCCCCCUCAGGCGUACCCGGGACAGCCUCAGCAGCAGCAUCUGUUCGGGCAGCAUCCAACCUACUGAUUGUUGGCGCCGAGAUUUCCCGAAUGACCUGUUACUUACCCUUUAACGUCCCUCUCGAGAAAGUCGCUGUUUCCAUAUCAACUGGCAACAGUGCUUCUGUAUAAAGACAGGGAAUACGACUAUGCGCUGCCCCUGUAUUAGGAGGUGGGAAAUAUGGUGAACUACCUGCCCCCUGCGCCCUCCCCCUGUGCGAAGAUGGGGAAUAUAUCGAUGCUUCUUUUUUUUCACAGUAUGUAUGUACCUUUGGGGAAAACCUCUUCUCUGCGUUGCGAAGUGAGAGUAGUUACUUUCUAUAGUCAGCGCACAUCAUUACCUUAUUAGGCUGCAUGGCACAAGAGGUGCCAUUGCAAGCCGCACGUCCCUUAUUUCAAACUCGGUGCCUCAGCUUGGGGAGUCUGGCUGGGUCAAGCGAGGAUGCGUCCCGCAGACCAUGACAGCUUGGGGAGUCUGGCUGGGUCAAGCGAGGACGCAUCCCGCAGACCAUGACAUCGCACAGCGAUCGCAAACAACAUUGCCACAGCAGGCUCGGGGAUUGCCUUCAAAUCCACCGCGGGUUUUCAGCUCACUCAGUACUCUUCUUUGCGACUGUUGAAAUACAGACCUGACCUGAGUUCAAAUCCAGCUGGAACAAGAAAUGUACCAGAGAUUGAGAACGGCAGUUGGCAUGUGCAAAAUGUAUGACCGGCUGAGGGAUUGUGUCCAAAUCCAACAGGUUUUCAGCUCCGUCCGUACUUCCUUGAGCUGUUGAAAUACACAGACCUGACAUGAGUUCAAAUCCAGCUGGAACAAGAAAUGCACCAGCUAUCGAGAACAGCAGUGGCAUGAGCACAAUGUAUGGCAGUCUUGAGGGGUUGUGUUCAAAUCCAACAGGUUUUUCAGCUCCGUCGAUACUUCCUUGAGCUGUUGAAAUACACAGACCUGAGUUCAAAUCCAGCUGCAACGACACCAUACACAUUGAUCGAGGACAGCAUUGGCAUGUCUACACUCUAUGGCAGACUCAAUGGGCCUGUGUGACUAAGUUCGUACCCCCGUGGACUGUUUAAAUACAGACCUGUGUUCAUACCCAGACGGACCUUGACGAAUGAAAUCAAAGAGGACACAUCUUGGGCUUUUAUAGCUCAUCAGUUGGUACUCGCUUUUACCUUUUAAAUGCGGACCGGAGUUAAAAUCGACGGGGCAACGCGGGCUUGAAGUAUAUGGGUACUUAACGUGAACGAUGAAAUGCGAGCGGAUACCAAGGGAGGGCUCGUUGGACGGGCAACGCGAAGAAGGAACGUACUAACGUACCGAUGAUGUCUGCAUUUCUGACGCGUGAGAUUUUCUAAUUUGUCGGUAUGGUGGGCUAUUUAUUGGCCAUGAAAUGUAGCGGGGGUGAGCUAGAGGAGCAUGCUAGCAGCAUAGAAGAUAUGGGUUGCCUUGUAGCGCUCAAAGUAAUCUGUGAAGAGAUGGGUAGCAAGCUUGCUCUCCGUAGGAGGCUGGAGUGUGACCAUCCCUGAGAUAUAUUUGAAUGAAAUUGAAUCCUAAUC